AUGGCCCUCGAUAAUUUAAUUUUCGGCCAGUGCAUCCUUUAUUUUUUAGCCUUCGUAUUCGGCUUCAUCGCCGUGGUGCCUCUGUCAGAAAACACGGAGGAUUUCCGAGGGAAAUGCCUGCUGUUCACGCGCGGAAUGUGGCAAAACGAGAACAUCACGGUGUCGAAGCAGCGGUUCAUCGUGGAGGAGUGGGGCUCCGAGUCCUCCUGCAGCUUCAUCACUUUUGUCGGGAUAUCGUCGCUCAUCCUGUCCGCGGUCCAGGCGUGGAGGCUGCUCUUCUUCCUGUGCAAAGGACACGACGACUCCCUCUUCAACGCCUUCCUCAACCUGCUGAUCAGCUCCUUGGUGGUGUUCACAGUCUUCCUGUCCAGCACCAUCGUCAGCGUGGGCUUCAACAUGUGGUGUGACUCUGUCACAGAGGGCGGGACAAUGCCUAGCAGCUGCGAGGACCUGCAGGACACUGAUCUAGAACUCGGCCUGGACAACUCUGCUUUCUACGACCAGUUUGCUAUCGCUCAGUUUGGCCUGUGGGCUGCAUGGCUCACCUGGCUUGGCAUUGCAGUGAUGGCCUUCCUGAAGGUCUAUCACAACUACAGACAAGAGGACCUGCUGGACAGCCUGAUCCACGAGAAGGAUCUUCUACUUGGCCGCUCCUCACGACGCCACUCUGACCUCAAGGCAGGCCUGAUCUAG